AUGACUGCCGCUGAGUAUAAGAAGAUGCAUCGUGUUCUUCACCAGGAAGAAAAACAGUAUUUAAACAGACUCAUAAUGGAAGGCAAAAGGAUUUUACAGCAACUCAAGAAAAACAAAGCCAAAAUGGUUCAAAAGAAGAAAGACUUAAGAGAAAUGUUUAAGGAGCUGAUGAAAAUGUGCCAUAAACCAGAUGUGGAUCUGCUCCAGGGAGAAGAAAAAUAUNGAUGUGACCAUCAGGAUGCCUCUUUGAAUUCUGAUAGAUCAAACUAUCUUGCUGCAUGGGGAGCCCAGAGCUUUGCCUCUGGGAAACAUUACUGUGAGCUGGAUGUGGACGAUUCCUGGGACUGGGCUCUAGGAGUCUGUAAGGAUUCCUGGAUAAGGAAGAAUGGCACACUGAUUGAAUCUGAUGACAUAUUUCUUCUUUUAUGUGUGAAUGAUGGUAAUCAUUACACUCUCUUGACCACCUCUCCCAUGCUUUCUCACUAUAUGGAGAAACCUCUGGGCAGGGUCGGUGUGUUCCUUGAUUUUGAGAGUGGAAGUGUGAGUUUUUUGAAUGUUGCCAGAAGUUCCCUCAUAUGGAAAUAUCCCACUGGCUCCUUCAAUUUCCCUGUGAGGCCUUUCUUUCAUACAGGCCACACAUGAUUAGAGAUAGUCGCAAACCUGGCUUUACGCCUGGGAAUUCUACAUAUGAGAGAUUCUUUCUCAGUUGAAGCAAAUCAAUA